AUGUCGGAUCUUCGCAAGCUCGCGACCUUCCCAUCCAAACCCCGCAUAUUCAUCCUAACGGACAUGCUGAACGAGCCUGAUGACUCGCAAUCAUUGGUUCGUUAUCUUCUAUAUGCCAAUGAAUUCGAAACCCGUGGAAUUUGCGCAACAACAUCCACUUGGCUGCGCUCAAGCAUCCACCCGGAAGAAAUCCGGCGCAUCAUCACUGCCUAUGGGAAGGUUGUUAAAAAGCUCAACAGCCAUGUGAACCCAGACUUCCAAUACCAAGCAGCCGAGGACCUACUCAAGUUGGUUACAUCCGGACCAGCUGUCUACGGCAAAAAAGCCCUUCGAGAUCCGGAACCUCUGAGCAUCGGCGCACAACACCUUCUGUCUACGCUUCAAGAAUCCCCCGAGCCACUCUAUGUUCCAGUAUGGGGUGGCGUAAAUACACUAGCUCUGGCACUGAAAUAUCUCGCUCAGACCUCAUCUCCAAAAGAGGCGGCCAUGGAGCGGGUCAAGUUGCGAGUCUACAUCAUUUCGAACCAGGAUAACUCGGGCCCAUGGAUACGAGCCAAGUACCCAGACGUUUUCUAA